AUGACCAGACGCACCUCUCCUCCCCUUCCCGACGACGACAGAUCAGCACAACCUAUCUCCACGGAAGGUCAACCGACGCUAGUAUUUCGCUCCCAGAGUUCUGCGGGCGGCCCUCGUCGACAACAGAAUACUGAUAAGACAGAGCGACCUUCGUCACGGUCAAGACAAGCAUCGCCGGCGCACGUUGCCGCAGUACCCGAAUCUAGCGCCACAUCCAGACGCUCAUCUCCUUCCAUACACCCCGACCGAACUGGGGUCGCCUCGGUUCGCAGUCACAGCCGAUCACCUAUCCGGCAAUCACCCUCUCGUCGCCCGCCACCAGGCCCCGGAGGCCGAUCCCCAAACCGGGAUUCCUAUCGUGAAACAGAAGCCCGCGGCACCCGGAGAUCGCAAGACGACUAUACUCGUACAUCAGAAAAGGAACCUGUGGACCAAGUUCAAAUAAGCGGUGGUCGAUCGCCUGGCAACAUUCCUACCCAGCCAAGGAACGCUGGAGUCCAUCAACCCCCACCUUCGGGGCCCUCUCAGGGGCAGAAGGUAGCCGCGCGUAGUCCAAAUCGUGGCCCUCACAACCUGUCUUUGUUAUCUGCACCCACCCGACCUCGUCGGGGGCCCGGCUCACGAGAAGGUCCCUGGGGUGGGUCUGCUAUGACGCGACGUGGACCACCCGCAGCUCCAGCGGCGCAUGGUGUUGUCCCUUCUGGGCCACGGGCCUCCUUUUCAUCCCCUGUGUCGGGAGGAGGGGGUCAUUAUCGGCACGCGGGUGCGCGACAGUAUAGUGCAGUAUCUGCCAAUCCACCCCCAGGACCUAAGCCUCCAAGUCAUCUUGCUGGGUUGAGCUCUAUCACACCGGGUGGAAGAGCGUUCCCUUCGACACUGGACCCCGUGACGGAAAAGCGUCUUCUUCAGCUAGAAUCGGAUCGUGAAAAACUCCUUGAACAGGUGAUGGAGACUCAACGGACCAAACGAGCCGGAUUGCGCGACUGGGAUCGACUGGACCGCGAGAGUUCCAUCUGUGCUCUCAAGAGCGAGUUGGCGGAGGGCCAUCUACAACGCAUGGCCGAGGAGAGCAGCAUUGGGGGUGGCGUUCUAUUCUAA